AUGGAUCAACAAAAGACUUUGUUAAAGUCAAGGAAUGCAAUCAUGAAGUUUCUACCAAGAGCAACAUCAUCCGUUACUUUUCAAAGCCCUCCGAUUUACAGCCCGGCAAAAGACAAGAGAUCAUCGGAAAAAACCGGCCACAAAUCGAAUCUUGGAAUCGGUUUCUCGGGCCCUUUGGUUUCUUCCAUGAUUCCCGUUGACACUCGUCGAAAAAUCAUCAACAAAAAAUCGGAUUAUGGAAUUGUGUAUGAACCUACAUCUCCAAGAGUUUCAUGCAUGGGCCAAGUUAGAUGCAAGUACCAAAAAGAUAAACUCCAAACUGCCAAAAAUACCCUUCCAGCCAAUAAAGUUAUACGUCUUAUCGAUACAAGGACACAUAACUUUGAUGAUCAUCAUGAAGAAACACCGAAAACCGGUACUAAUAAGAGCAAGAAAAAACUAGGGUUUAAGAAAAUAUUUAGUGGGGUUAGUACUUUUACCCCAAAAAGUGUUAGGAAAAAUAUUAAAGAUAUAUCAAAGGGUCCAUUGUAUCUUGAUGAUAAUAAGGUUCCAAAUUUGAGUACAAUGAAACGAUUUACGAGUGGUCGUGGCAAGUUUUCGAGUUUUGAUUGGACAAAAGAGGUUGCAAGAAUGGAUGGAGAAGAAAGUGAUGAUGAACAACUACAACAUGAUGUUAUAGUAAUGCCUUCUUCUGCACCUGUGGUUAUAAGGAAUUCAUUAGGGUUUGAUGAUAAAUUCAUUAGAGUUGCAGGAAUAAAUAAGGAGCCAAAGAAGGAAAUUAAUUUGUGGAAGAGAAGAACCUUGCCUCAACCUAAGCCUAUUCAAGUGAAUGGUAUAUAG